UUUUUUUUUUCAUGAUCUCUGUUCUUUUAUAAAUUAAAAUGGAUCAAUCAAUUAUUGAGCUUAAGACUAAAGACAAUUUAGACAUUCGACAGCGUCCUAAUACUACAUAUAUGCUUAAUGAAGAUAUUCCUCAUGAUUCGAGUGAUGAAGAUGAAAUAGACAUGGAUAAAGAAAAAAAAUUACUUCGAAAACUAGAUUGGCGUAUUGUUCCCUGGAUAUUUUGGCUUUAUUUUUUAUCUGUGGAAGAUCGAUCUAACGUUGGAUAUGCAAUGACAAUGAAUAAAUCAGAAAAGCAUACUUUAAUGGAUACAGCAGGAUUAACGGGUCACGAAAACAAUAUUGGACUUGGCCUAUUUUAUGUCGCCUAUAUUAUCUUUGAAGUGCCGUCUAAUUUGAUGAUGGCUCAUGUGAAUCCUGCUCAUUGGAUUGCACGAAUCAUGAUUACCUGGAGUAUAGUCACUGGAUGCAUGGCAGCCAUUUCUAAACCUUGGCAUUUCUAUUUAUUACGUUUUUUAUUAGGAGCAUUUGAAGCGGGAUUUUGGCCAGGCAUUACUUAUUAUAAUACAUUAUGGUACAGACCAGAAGAAAUAUCAUCACGUAUUGGUGUUACUUAUUUGGCUGGACCUGCUUCGGGUGCAUUUGGAGGACUUAUUUCAGCUGGAGUGCAAUUAAUAGAUACUCGUGGUAAUUUAUAUGGCUGGCAAUGGCUAUUUUUAAUUUCUGCUAUUAUAUCUAUUAUUUUUGGACUUGCUACUAUCUUUUAUUUACCUUCAACGCCUGAAAAGUCUACUCGAUUUUUAAAUGAAGACGAACGUACACGUGUUAAAAAGAGACUUGAGAAUUCGACAGUAGUACGACGACCAAGGUCAACAGAGAGUGUUGAAGAACGUAACAUGAAACGUAAUCUAAAGCAAGUAUUCGGAGAAUUGAGGGAUUUUAAAGUAUGGCUUUUUUGUGUACUGUAUUUCACACCUGUAAUGGCAGCUACCUCUUUAGGCUAUUUCUUACCUAAAAUUGUUCAAGAAAUCGGUACAUUUAAUUCAAUCCAAGUCAGUUUAAUGAGUAUCCCUCCUUAUGUCUUUGGUAUGAUGAUGGUCUAUAUUAUUACUCGAUUAAGUGAUUAUUAUAAAAACCGAGGCUGGUUUAUUAUUGGAUCUUCCUGUGUGUCCUUCAUUGGAUUUUGUAUCUUGAGUUUUACAAAGCCUGUUGCUGCACGUUAUUUCGGAUUAAUGGUUGUAGCAGCCGGUACUUACCCAACUGUACCUUUGAGUAUGGCAUGGACAGCUAAUUCAAAAGAAGAUCCUGUAGCUGUUGCUUCAGCAACGGGUAUUGUAUCUUCUAUUGCCAAUUUUGGUGCCUUAAUCUGUACUUUCGCUCUUUAUUCAGGUUGGCCAUCUGAUGCACCUAGAUAUAUUGGCUCUAAUAUGAUCAAUGCUGGUGCAAUGCUCCUUGCUGCUCUAGCUGCUUUCUGUUUAAGAAUUCAUUUGUCCAAGUUAAAUAAGCAAAUCGAAAAGAAUGGCUCUAUUGGAGAAAGAGCUUAUCCUUAUAUUUUAUAAUUUCAUCUCCCGAAUUUCCUUCCUUUUUUUUUUUAUAUGUUCACACGAUCUUCUUUAUCCUAUAUCUUUCUUCUUCCCUUUCUUUCU